CUUACGUAAAAUCUGUUUUUGGGAUAAACUGGGUUGCGUAUAAUAAUGUUUUACAUACUGGGUGUGAAUCUCAUCCGCUUUUGGUAUCGUUAUUAAAAGUAUUAUUGUUUAAAAAUCGGUACUCCGGUGCAGUAGAUGGCGGUUUCACAGAUAUGAAGACAUUUGAGAUGGCAGAUUGCAGCUAAGGGACAGGGAUGUCGAAGCGCUGUUGCCUCUGGUCCGACGGGACUCCCCAGAGGAAAACCUGUGUGAAAGAUGGGGCAGCAGCGGGGGAGGCUGACAAAAAAGCUGUCUAUGAGCACACUAGAGCGUUGUUAUUCUCUGGUGCCCGCUCUUUGCAACUUUCUCCCACUCCUACUGUGUCUCCUUCUCCCUUGGCGCGACGGGGCACAGCUAGGGGCCAGAUGCGAAUAGGGUCCAGGGGAGAAUUACUCCGGAGCCCUGGGAGUGCAGCUGAGCCACCAUCCUCCCCUGCCUGCACCUUGUGUGAGCGCCCCCUGCAGGCCAGUGACUCCUGUGUGCGCUGUGAGAAGGUGGUGUGCAUGCAGUGCCAGCGACGCUGCUCCCUGUGCCUCCGGACUCACUGUUUCAUCUGCUGCCAGCCCAAUUACAAUGAACGCUACGAACGGAUGACCUGCAUCGACUGCCUGGCAGAGUAGCUGUGGUGCCCUCUAGUGGCCGUCUUUGGAAUUUUAUGCCGAAAGAUCCCUUUGUCUUGUUUGUGUCUCUUCAGUUUAUUAUAAAUCUUUAAAAGGUAUCAUUUCAUGAUCGAAUAAAAAUUUUGCAUUCCUGCCCCCCCCCCCCCCCCACCCCAUAUUGUAAUCAUCUUCACGUCAAGCAUAUACUGGCCUCACAGUCUGAAAAACAUUGCUGGGAUAUUCUGUUUGGUCAUUCCUGUAAAUUUUUGGUGUUGUGGAACAGUAAUAGUCUAUGAAAUUGAUGUUUAAAAUGCUACAUAUUGUUAAUUUCAUUUAAUUUUAUGAAACUGACAGCUACUAAAUGUAAACAUUUUUCCAUGAAACAAAAAUUUUAAACAAAGAAACAUCAUUCAGUUCAUACAACAUUCCGGUCAUGUCAAACAAUAAUGAAUUAAAUGUGAAGACUUUUAUCUUCUUUUUCAAACACA